CCUUCUCUCUUCUUUUGGUGGUUCCAUUAUUGCCUCUUCUGUCGGUACACUUCUUCUACUUUCCUUCUCUACACAUUUAUUCUAGUGAGAGAAGAAAUUUUCAGCUCCAUCGUAAAGUUCCCACAACUUUGUGUGACCUUCUCUUCUCUCUCUCUGCUGUAAGUUAUACUCAUUUAUACAUGCUUUUUGUUUUUUCUUGAAAAUGUACCAUUAUUUUUUUUGUUGAAUCUUGUUUAAACAAGUGAAGUGAAGGCUUUCCUGGAUAGUAGUGUAGUUUUGUGCUUGGAUUAUAGAUAGUGUUUUCAAGAUUUUGGUGGGGUGGGUACUGUGUAAGAAUGUUGGGUUCAGGGAUGUCUGAGAAAAAUGGGAACUUUGGGUGGAUAUUGAGGGCAAAUCCCAUAGUUCAAUGGUGGUUUAAGGUGUUGGUAAUAGGGUUUUUUCUUGGAAUCUUGAUUGUGUGGGGGAUUGAUGGUGUGAAUGUUAAUGUGGGAACUUUGCAGAAAGAUUUUGGUGUUCUGAGACUCAAUAGUAGCUCUGCAAUAUUUAGACCAACCUUCAAAGAUUUUACCUUUACCAAUGUUUCACUUUUACCCCAUUCAGCUAAGGCUCCUCUGCUGAAUCUCAGCCAAACUUUUGAGAAUUUGACCCAACCCCAAGAGGAGUUGGGUCCUGAAAUUGUUCCAAGUGAAGUUAAUUUAACUGAAAAUGGAAGUGUGGUUGUGAAUAGUGGUGCUGAGGCUAUGGUGAAUUUGAGUGUGAGAGAUCAAGAAUUGGUAGGAACAAGUAGGUUGAGUUGGAUUUCAGCUGAAUUAGAAGCGAACUAUUCGUCGAAGCUUUUCGAUAGGUGGAUGGCUCCGGGCGGUGAACCGUGUAGGGAGUCAAAAACUGUGGGUAUAACGAUUCAAGGCGUAGAUGGUAGUGAGAGUAGUAUCGAGUUGUCGACUGGGGAUAUUCACGAAUUCGUUUUCCAGGCAUUGGAUGAUUCGGGGAAGCCUCGUUGUUUAGGUGGGGAUUAUUUCGAGACUGAUCUUUCUGGUGAGAAAUGGAAGUCGAGGCCUCCAAUCAAGGAUUUUGGCAAUGGUACCUACAAGUUUUCCCUCCAAGUCCACCCUGAUUUUGCAGGGGAUUACAAUCUCACCAUCAUCCUAUUGUUUCGACACUAUGAAGGAUUGAAAUUCUCGCCUCAAAGAUUCGCGGUCGAUCAAGUCCUCCGUGUGAUCCCCAUCAAAUUCAAUAAAUCCUCAGCGGAGUUGCCAGAAAUAUCACAGUGCAGAAAGUCUGAUCUUGGUAGAGACGUUUGGUCUGGGCGGUGGACUCGACACGCCAAGAAUGAUAGCUGCCCUAUUAGCAACGAUGGGCGAUACAGAUGCCAAGAGCCAAAUUUUCCAUGCCAAAAACCAUGGUGUGAUGGUCCACUAGGCUCGCUGGAGAGCAAUGGGUGGGUAUACUCGACACAUUGUUCGUUCAAGAUGUAUUCUAGUGAAGAGGCAUGGAAUUGUUUGAGCAACCGGUGGAUCUUCUGGUGGGGCGAUUCAAACCACGUUGAUACCAUCCGGAACAUGCUUAACUUCGUUUUGGGGUUAUCCGAGGUUAAGGCUGUUCCAAGAAGGUAUGACAUGAACAUCACCAACCCCAAGAAUCCAUCCCAAAUGGUCAGGUUUACAAGCAUUUUCAACGGUCAUCAUAACGCAACAGCGAACUAUCUGGGCUUGAAUUCAUUAUCGAAUGCAGAGUACAGAGAACUGCUGAAAGGUUAUUUCUCGGGAAAUGUUGUUCCAGACACCAUCAUCAUGAAUUCGGGUUUACACGACGGAGUGUAUUGGCCUAAUCUGAGAUCUUUCAUCCAAGGUGCUGACUACGCUGCCGCAUUUUGGAGCAAGAUAGUGGAAGCGGUGAAGCAGAGAGGAUUGGCGCCACCCGAGGUAAUAUAUAGGACAACAAUCACAACGGGUGGCUAUGCCCGAAGUCUAGCCUUCAAUCCUCACAAAAUGGAGGCAUUCAAUGGGGUAGUCUUGGAUAAACUGAAGGCAUAUGGUGUCCUAAACCGGGUCAUUGACGAUUUUGACAUGACCUAUCCGUGGCAUUACGACAACCGGUGCAACGAUGGGGUCCACUACGGCCGUGCCCCGCUCAAGUACCGGUGGAGGGAUGGGCAGAUAGGACACCAGUACUUUGUGGACCUGAUGCUCUGUCAAGUGCUGCUCAACGCACUGUGCACAAGAUAGCAGCAUUCGGUUCAAGGCUGUGUUUAUCGCGCCCGGGCAACACCUAUAGGAGGAUGGCAUUUGCUAGUUUGGCUAUUGCAGCAAGAGGGGAGGGAGGGGUAAUAUUUUGAGGAUAAAUGAAUACAAGGCUUGGGAUCUAUAUAUAUAUAUAUACAUACAUAUCAUUUUUCUUUGUAAUUUUUUGCCAAGCUAUAUAGUAGAUCACAUAUAGUAGUACUGUAGUAGGAGAUUGAAUAGUAAUGUGGAAUAAUAAUUUAUCAGAUGUAUUCAGACUUCCCUAUUGUAUUCAGGAUUUUCAAUUUGGACAAAUGUUUCAGGAGGACUAAAAGACUUCUCCAAUCA